CUGUCAUUAUUUCCGUCUAGGUCUAUGGAUAUAGGCUAGAGGUUGACGCCGGUGGUCGAAUCGAGCGCACCCGGAAUGGAGGGAAAACGGCGGGGUUUAGGACCCGGCGGGACGCGCGGUACAAUAGAGCUGUUGUGCCGUGGUGGUGGACAGAUUGCUACCCUGGAGAUUCCCACUGAGGUGGGAUACAAAAAAAAAAAAAAACUCAAUUUAAUCUAAAGCUAGAACCAGAGCCUCUGUUUUCUAGGUACACGUUUGAAGUUUUGUCUGGACGGGGUUAUGGUUGGAAUACAGCGGGCAGCAGUGCGUGGACUGAAGGUAUGAAAUUAAAUGUUUAAGGGGUAAUUUUUUAUCAGAGGAAUCUACUAGCAUGCUUUUCAACUUGAAAUUUAUGGAUGUUACAGGAUGAAACGUCUCAGGUCCCCAAGCAGCAGCGACAGUUCUGACAAUGAGAGUCCCUCAACCUCCUUCUGCUCGUCCAACAAGUAUGGCAGUAAACCUGGAACCCCCGCCUCCAACCCGAAGAAACCGGCUGAAGUGUUCAGAAAAGACCUGAUCAGUGCCAUGAAGCUGCCGGACUCCCACCAUGUCUCCCCAGAGGACUACUACCUGCUGGCAGACACCUGGAAGCAGGAGUGGGAGAAGGGAGUCCAGGUGCCAGCAAGUCCAGACACCAUCCCAGAGCCGUCAGUCAGAAUUAUUGCGGAGAAGCCCAAGGAAGUCCUGUACUCCCACCAGAGGAAGUACAUUCAGUGCGCCUGCCAGGAGUCAACUGAACCAGGUUAUGUUAACAUCAAAGAGCUGGCAGAGGCCAUGUGCCGCUACGAUCUGGACGACACAGAUCUCUACUGGCUGCACGCGCUCAACCGAGAGCUCGACCGCAUGGGGGAGGAGCCCAUAGACGAGCUAACAAUGGAGCGUGCCAUGGAAGCCCUGGAGAGGCAGUGCCAUGACAACAUGAACCACGCCAUCGAGACGGUGGAAGGUCUGGGAAUUGAGUACGACGAGGACGUUAUCUGCGACGUGUGCCGCUCCCCCGACAGCGAAGAAGGGAAUGACAUGGUGUUCUGUGACAAGUGCAACAUCUGUGUGCACCAGGCCUGCUAUGGCAUAGUCAAAGUGCCUGUUGGAAACUGGCUGUGUAGGACAUGCGUCCUCGGCAUUGACCCGCAGUGCCUUCUGUGUCCCCAGAAGGGCGGUGCCAUGAAGGCUACACGUGCAGGCACCAAGUGGGCACACGUAAGCUGUGCCCUGUGGAUACCAGAGGUGAGCAUCGCUUGUCCUGAGAGGAUGGAGCCCAUCACCAAAGUGUCCCACAUCCCACCCAGCCGCUGGUCCCUCAUCUGCAGUCUGUGUAAAUUGAAGACAGGUGCAUGUAUUCAGUGCUCUGUAAAGAACUGUACCACUCCUUUCCACGUGACGUGUGCCUUUGAGCACAGCCUGGAGAUGAAGACCAUCUUGGAUGAAGGGGAUGAAGUCAAGUUCAAGUCUUACUGCCUCAAGCACAGCAAAUCUAAAGCCGGGGACGCUACCCUGAGCCCAGCUCGCUCUAAACCCACCGGUGAGGCGGGGAAGGUGGGCCAGCGGGCACAGAGACUGCAGGAGCUGGAGGAGGAGUUCUACACUCUAAUCCAGCUGGAGGAGCUGGCCCAGACCCUCGGGCUCUCAGAACGCUUGGCAGACUUCAUCUAUCAGUACUGGAAGCUGAAGAGGAGAAGUAACUUUAACAAAGCUCUGCUGCCCCCUAAAGAGGAGGAGGAGAACCUGGUGCUGCAGCCUCAGGAGGACAGCAUCCACACACGAAUGCGGAUGUUCAUGCACCUGCGACAGGAUUUGGAGAGGGUGAGGAAUUUGUGUUACAUGGUGAGUCGGCGGGAGAAGCUGAAGCUGUUGCAGAGUAAAUCCCAGGAGCAGAUGUUCAACUUGCAUGUGCAGCUCAUGAACCAGGAGCUGUCUGCAGGCCUUCCUGUUUCAUUUCCAGUGGAGAAUAUGAUGUUUCGUCCUCCUCCACGGAUAACUCUGAAGCUGAAAAUGCCCAAAGCCUCGAAUCUUGGAAAUGGAAAUCCCACUUCCAAAUCCGGUAAUGGGCCGCUCUGUCCGGACAAUAGUGGGAAUGUUACUGAACAUGCAGGUGAAGGGCUGGGUCAGGGGAAGCCUCAGCUGCACGGUCGUGGUCGAAGAGAGGAGCGCUCCAAUGGCCGACUGGCCUCCUCAAGCCACUCGAACAGCAAGGCGCUGCCUGUUAAGCCAACUGGCAAACCAUUAGCCCUGCAUGCCGCGCUCCACGGCCACUCAUCCAACAGCAAUGGCAAACUGGCCCAAGAUCGAGCAUGCGCGGCCAUAUCUAACGGUCUCUUAGAGAAGUUUGUGGCUCAGAAGGACAGUUCUUGCCAGACACCCAGUGACCAGGACACUUCACAUGAGGCUUUAGCCAAGAACAGCUUUCGUAAGUCUGCCAUGGAGCACUUUGGGAGGUCAUUCAAAGAGGCGACCAUUAACUUGGUACGGACCACAGAGGACCUGCGGGCCUCUGACAAACUGUCCCGUAAGGGCUCAGCAAAGGAGAGACUAUGGGCUAAACCCGUGUCUGAACACAAAGUAAAAAGCGCACGAUUGUACCAGGACAGUGAUGGAUACUGUCCCGACCUGGAGCUCAGUGACUCAGAGCCAGAGGCCAAAGGGAGUCAUCGGCGACAGGUCGGGCUGCCGAAGCCAGACACUUCAAGGAAAGGGGUCAAUCGUGGGAAACAGUCGCUGGGCUCCAGACACCCCAUGCAAAGGUGACAGCUGGUUUUUUGUUUGUUUGUUUGUUUGUUUUUUGUUUUGUUUUUUUUAAAAACUCCGUUCACUGCCACUGUUCUCUCCUGACCCCCUGGCAGUCUUCCUAAGUGCCAGGCUGUCUCUCUGAACUCAUCUCUACCAGGGACCAAACCAAGACCCUGUGCUAAUGGUGCUGUAUACAUGAAGCAGUAGAUACAUGAAGGUUAUUGUCGUUGAGAUCGUCGCCAAGUAGCAUUCAUGAAGAAACAUAGCCCUGUGUCAGUGUUGGUGUGAGAGGAACAAAUCCGUCAGUCUUCUAAGAUUAUCAUGCUUGCCUUUCAUUAUUGGCUAGUAUUACAUUUUGUACUCUGCACAACUUUGUAUUAAACAGCUACACACAGGCUCAAUUUGCCUUUGAAUAAAACCUUUGUAUAUAAGUUGUUCAAAUUGGGAUGUAAAUAAUGUGUAACUAAACCACAUGUUCCACUUUAUUGAUACUUCACUGUCAGUGUGGUCAGAAAUUAAAACUGACAUGCCGGAUGGAAAUUUUGUAGUGAACUCUAGCAUCUACUGCACCUGUUUCUUCUGUUUUCUCACAGGUGACAAACUGACUUGGUGACUUUUUACAUUUGUCAAGUAGUGGAGUCAUUUUUCUAAAUCACAAAUGCCUUGUGUGUGUGUAGGAAUGCAGUUUCACACUGUAUGUAUCUUCAGUUUUGCAGGUUAUGUGAUGGUUAAACAAAACAUAAUGUUAAGCAAUUAGGUUCUUGUCUCAUGGGAGGAAAUGUGUGUAAGAAAGUAAAAUUACAUUCGCAUGUGCAUCCUUCAGAAACACCCUCAAACUGGAUGUAUAAAAGCAAAGAUUAAGUAGAGAUUACAUGAUCAGCCUUCAAUAUCACAGCGUUUUUUUGUUGUUGUUUUUUUUUUACUUGAAAAUUGGAAAUUUACCACAAAAACCUUUUUAUUUUAUUUAGAUUAAAAAAAAAAAAGAAAAGCCAAAUUUCUCACAUGCAUCCGUGUUUAAUAGUGUCUUAAUACAAACAGCUGUACAAUAACUUUUUCUAGAUAACAUACAUCAUAAAAUUAACAAAGCUAUGAUUCAAAGAGGAUAUAUGAUCAAAGGAUAAAUACCAAGAAUUUGGUGUCAACUUUCAGUCCUUUUUGGUAAUUAAUACAAAUUGCAGUUGUGCUCAAUAAUGGUUGUAAUUGUAGUUUUACACCCUGCCCUACUAUUCACUUAGAAGUAUUCAGGUGUAAUGUAGGCAAGGUGUCAGUGUCUGAUUUUGGAGAAAACUUACCAAUACCAAAAGUUUAAACAGUCGCAAAGGUGUGUUUCACUUUGCUAAAAUGUUUCCAUAAUGACCUUAACCAGAGCUGACCAUUCAAAACAAGGCCACGCCAAAUUACCUUUUCAAAUGAGGGAAGAGAAAGACUCUGAAAUUUAAUCUGUAGCAUCACUUGUAACACAUUCCAAGAGGAGUGGGCUUUAUGCCAGUGAAAGUGAACAAAAGUGGCAUCACUACAAACUGAUGUACCUCUGAAGACACACUACAUGUUCUAUAAACCAGAGAGUUUGUAGGAAAGCAUGGCUUUCACUGUUGACCCACAUCGCUGUAAUCGUUUUACAAAUACACGCUGUGUCAACAAGGGCUAAUCAUAAAACAGGAUUAAAUAGAGCAUUGCAUUUAAAUGUGUAUCACUUUCCUCCUGUUCUGCAUAAGCAAAUACUGUCUCAGUGCAUUUUUGUUCUUUUAGCCUUUUCAGCUUUUUGAUUAUGUCAACAACAAAUACUGUUAUUAUGACGGAAUUGGAAUGACAGGUGCACACUUCAACACUAACACAUUCAGAAGACAUCCGACACGUUUUUCAAAAAAUAAGGACCUACAUAUGCAUUUUAACAUGGUGGGCUAUGUUCAUCCUCUGGAAAGUACAUUUUGGAAUAAAACUUGAAUAAAAAAUGA